AGGGGCCGGCACGGCGGCGCGUCGGUGCCGACGGUCUCCAGGAGGGAGCGAGGAGGAGGAGGAAAAGGAGGAGGAAGAGGAGGAGGAGGAGGAGGUGAGCUCCUCUGGCCCAAUGUGCAGCUGGUGGGAAGAGGGAAGCUGGUGGCCUUCCUCUGCUCCAGCUGCGCCUUUUUGAAGGGACUCCACUUAAGGCAGUGCACAGCUGGCAAAGCAGCCCUCAACUCUGCUCAGAUUGAAGAAUGCUACUACAAUUACACUUUGUCAUCUGUCCAUUGAACUGAAGCAGAUAGAAUGGGUUGGAAAAAGUCCUGCUCACCCCUGGGAUCCACAGCCAAGAUUUCCCAACUGCUUUGAUGAAGAGGUCUGAAGCAGCACGGCCUGGUAUUUUGGUGCUCCCGGUUUUGGAUGCAGCUAAAGCUCUCUCAGAUACCGCUGCUCCCUGCACUCGUGGCUUUCGCGUGGUGUUUGGAAGGACCCCGCGUUUUAGCUGCCAGAUCCAAACAGUUCUGAAGCACUUGGAAAAUGAGUGUUCUUCUCAUUGAGCCCUUUUAUGGUGGUUCCCACAAACAGCUGAUGGAUCUUCUUCAGGAAGAGCUGCAGGAAGACUGUGUCCUCUGCACACUCCCAGCCAAGAAGUGGCAUUGGAAAGCACGGACUUCUGCUCUUUAUUUCAUGCAAACAGUGCCAACAAGUUCUAAUUACAGGAUCCUCUUUGCAAGCUCGGUGCUUAACCUGGCUGAACUCGCUGCCCUCCGCCCUGACCUUGGCAAAUUGAAAAAGGUCCUCUACUUCCAUGAGAACCAAUUGGCGUAUCCUGUCCAGAAAUGCCAGGAAAGGGAUUUUCAGUAUGGAUACAACCAGGUUCUUUCAUGUUUGGUUGCUGAUGCUGUGGUGUUCAACUCUGCUUUUAAUAUGGAAUCAUUUCUUACAUCCAUUGGAAAAUUUAUGAAGCUGAUUCCUGACCACAGACCUAAGGAUUUGGAAAAAAUAAUCAGACCGAAGUGCCAAGUUCUUUAUUUUCCAGUCAGGUUUCCUGAUGUGAGCAGGUUCAUGCCAGAGCACAAGCUUGCCCGUUUGGAAAGGGUAGUUGGUGUUCAAGGAAAUGGAGAUGGUUGUCAGUCAGGGGCUCUGCCUGGCCAGCACAAGGGCAGAGCUGUAAUGAAAACCAGCGAUGUGCACCGUGGGUCUGGACUUUGUGAGUCCCAGGCUGGACUCGGUACCACACAGCACGAGGGGCUGCCUUCCCCGUUCACAGCCCUGGCGAGACCCAUCCAGGCCAAGGCAUCAGAAGGCACAAAUCCCUGUCAAGAGGAAGAUAAGCAAUGUCUGACUUUUAACCUCUCUAAUAUCUUGAGUGGACAGGACUAUCAGCAAAGACCCCUGCACAUUGCCUGGCCUCACAGGUGGGAACAUGACAAAGACCCUGAAACUUUCUUUAAAGUCCUGAUGAAGCUGAAAGAGGAAGAUCUGCCUUUCCAUGUGUCCGUCCUCGGAGAGACUUUCAGUGAAGUUCCAGAUAUCUUUUCAGAGGCCAAAAAGGUGUUGGGAUCGUCCGUCUUGCACUGGGGCUACUUGCCCAGCAAAGAUGAUUAUUUCCAGGCUCUGUGCAUGGCCGACGUUGUCAUCUCGACAGCGAAACACGAAUUCUUUGGCGUGGCAAUAACAUCACCUUGGUGGGUGGUCAUCAUCUUCCCUUGCACCAAAGCUGUACCUUCUUGACACCACACUUGAUGUUGGAUGCCUGCCCAAGCACCAAACUUCUGUUAUUGUUGAGAGUGAAGGAAAUCAGAAAUGCAGCAAUCAGCAAAAGACAAAGGCAGACCAGCAGUGUGAUUCCAACAGCCCAGUACACAUUAUGGUUACAUUCCAUGCGAGUUAAGUCACGAUGGUAAAAGCCUUGGCAGGAUUUUUUUUUUUUCAAUAGUUUAUUCAUGAUGUUCAUUAUUAUGAGCUGUAAAGACUAUGAGAAUUUCAUUUUUUAAAUGUCUUAUGGAAUGUAUCACUUUCUUAGAUCUUGUAGACAUGCUGUGGAAACCAUAACAUAAAAUAUGAGUUACUUACAAUAACUAAUUUUAAUCCCAUCUGCUAAGUAUGACAACAUUAGCAUUUCCACUUAAUUAAAAACACCCUUAAAGCAGCAAUGUUUUAAUCACUCCAUUUUAUUUACUCUCCUCCGGUGUCACUUAUAAUUGUAACUUUUUAUUUUUUAAUAAUGAGGGAUUUUUUUUUCUCUGUGCAUCACACAAAAAAGUGCUGUCGAUAAUUAGCAGUCUUCUGUUAUUACUAGACUCAGGUGUCACAACUGUGUCUCAUCCUCAUUACAGUAAAAAAUUUCACCUAUCAGAUUCAUUAUUGCUAGAUAAUGCGACUGAGAGCCUUAGCAGGCCCUCCAGAAAAGUAAUUCAGCCAAGCAAAAUUAUCAGCUAAUUAUAUUUAGAAUCAAAAGCCCAACAACUAUUUGCAGAUAAAUUGUAUGAAUUGAAGUGAAUAGACCUGAAUAUUAAGAUUCAUAGAUUUAGCAGAUGAUUUGUUAAUUGGAAUAAAAAGGCCAUUUACUAGCCAUUUUAACAAUAGAUCAAUCGGAACUCUAUUUAUUAUUUAACUAGUAGUGCUUAAGGAUUGAAAUGAAGAAUAAUUGUAAUAUUGUUAUGAUAUGAUACUUUUCUGGGAAAGCACAGAAAUGCAUGGAAAAUAAAAGAUUCCCUGUCCAUCCCCAGACCACAGCCUGAGUCCAUGUGUGCUCUGCCCAGUUUGGUCUGGUCUGUAGGUCUUGGCAUCUGAAAGGUGUACAGUUUGUAAUAAGACUUAUUAUGUGUAAUAAGUACUGAUCAGAAAAUCCACGUGAACUUUGGUGCAGAAAGGUAGAAAAUGAGAAUGCAAAUAGGAUCAUUUGCAAAUGAAAGAAUUCCAAAUUUUUUAACUUUCAUCCAGCAAAGUAGGGAGGCAUUAAAUUCUGAUUUUACUAAUUCAUGAUCCUGGUAGAGGUUUCUCGUAAGGGGGAAUUUCAUACUCAAACGAUGACUCAGAUUCCAUCUUGGCCUGCAGUUUUGUUUUAGGGAGCUGUUCCUUUUUUUUUUUUUUUUUUUUCCAUGCAGACGAUAUGAUUAAAAAGCAAAUAUUUUAACAUAACUUAGUGAUCUGAGCUAUUACUGAAAUGUCCACAGUUUCACUCUUUUUUUUUUUUCCUCCUAGAUUAAAGAAAACUUUAAAAAUCUAUUUGCUUUGACAUAUGACACAAUAUUUAAGAACUGAAAUCAUCAAUUAAAUCACACAUCAGAAACAUUUCCCUUUGGUAAAAAAUAUAGUGCUAGACGAUGUACACUUUGAAAUUGUUGUUAAUGUUUAAAAUGCAAUCUGAAGUGCAUAUGUUAUUUGAAAAAAAAAAAAAACAACAACAUAAAUUAAAAAUUUUAAAAGUUUAUGAAAAAAAACCUCAGCAAUCAUUACUUACAAAAACAUUUGCAGAGAAACGUGUGUCUUUGGGGUUUGUGGAUAUGCAUAGUUUUCUAGCAUGAAAGCUGAGUAUGUUAUUUUUUAUUUUCUUUUUUUCCCUGUUUAAAAUUGAGUAGAUCUAAAGGAAAUUCAGUUCUUUCAGGGCACCUGUAAUAAAGUACCAAACCCAAUAUGCACAUGAAGGUAUCUAAACCCUUUUGGAUUGUCAUUGAAAGUAGAAAAGGUGAACGCUGACAAGAUUUCAGAUUUUUUAUUCUGGCUGGGUGAGGGAAACUGAAGUUAAAAAUAAAGUCCUCGUAUGGUCAACAUGUUGGAGGAAAUUCAAAGCCUCUCAUAAAAUAAACAUAUUUUAAGAAGUGUUUUGAAUUUCAGUGUGUAAUUUCUGGCCAACAGAAAUUACAGUUGUAUCUUUGGAGGGACGUUAUGUCAGAUCAACGGUCAUUAUGCGAAAAAAAAAAAUAAACUGAAACCUGGCUGCCUUAACCCGUUCAGUUAUUAAAGUGCGAGCACCAAGAGGGGCAACUUUUGCUUUAGAUCCGCUACUGGAAAACUUUGCGCCAUGGUGGUGCAAUUCUAAAAUAUUUGGGUUUGAUGUUACAGGAGAUAUGUAAAUUGUUCCUUGAGAAAAGAAAAAAGAAAAAAAAAGCAGAAGUACAAAGCUCCCCGCGCGCUCUUUGGCAAAGGGAUUUCAUCGGUGGUUAUUAAAAAAAUACAACAGUUUAUGCCCUGAAAAAAUAAAGGAAAUUAUCCAAAGCAUGUGAAUAAGCUCGAAUAUCCCAGCCUGGAGCACGCUGCAAAGUUGUUCCUGGGCUAUAUUUAGCUGUAACCUUUGGAGUCUGGAAGUCUAAGGAGAGUCUCUGCCGUGCCAGGUGAGGGUGAUGUGUGUGUCUGUGUGGGCACCCUGGCGUAGCCAACGUGCCCUUGUUUUCCGGCAGCAUUAUUAAGCAAAGCCGUCCAUACUUCACCAUGUUGUUACAUGUGUCUGUCUGCUGAUUAUAAAAUGUGUUAAACAGUAUUUAAAAAACAAAAAAAUGCAGAGCUGCGCUUUGAUUUAUUCAGCGAACAAAACAUAUGCUCGCUGUUCUGUUCUAUGUAAUUCAUAUGAUCAAUAAAAUUUUCUUUAAAAAGA